AUGACAACAAAGGCUGGAACUAGUGCUACAUUAGAUCUUUUAGCACAAUAUAAUAAUCAUAUACAGGAAAGAGAUAAAGUUAAUGAUGAUAUUGAAGGAAAACCAGAAUUAGAUGAUAAUAGACCUUCCUAUGAUGAUUUAUUUAAAGAAAAUGUGAAAUUGAAACUUGAAUUAAAACAACGAAAAAAGGAAAUUGUAUCUUUAAAGAAAGUUAUUAAUUUAAUGCAACAUGAUAAAAAUACAUCCGUUGAGGAUUUGAUAUCACAAGCAACAUCAGAUGAAUCAAGCUCCAAUGAAAAGAAAAAAGAAAUCGUGUUACCUCCAAGGUCAACGGAAAGAAGUGGAUUACCAAAAGAUAGUGGAUCUCUUGUUUCUUCCCCUGUGAUUAUUGAGAGACCUGAAUUAAUUACUUCUAAGAGCAGUCCAUCCAAUCCCUUUUCGGAUAAAUAUACGAAGUUGGAACAAGUUCAAAAUGAUAAUGAAGAUAAUGAGAUUGAGGACAAUAUGACUAAUAGUAUUGAGACUGCUCAUGUUGGUAAAAUACAUGACGGUGCGGAUACAACCUCUACAAACAAUACAGUACAGAACUUAUCUAAUAUGCAAACUCAUCAUUUAAUUCCUUCUCAAACCCCUUCAUUGACUAGUCCUGCUACGUCAGUUACAUAUACAACGUCAAGAAUUACAAUAAAAUCACCUAAUCGUAGAGCAAAAUCGCCAGCUCAAGAGAGACUUAACUCACCUCAAUCUAUUAAUAGGGUUACCUCUGUUAUCAAUAACCAUUUACAUUCCCCAUUAAAAGCUGAUUAUAAUGAAAGAGAUGUAAAUAUGGCAGAACAAUCUUCUCAAUAUUCUCAAAUUGAUUCCAGUUUCGAUAAUGAUAGUGGUCUUAAUAAAAGCCCCACGAAAAUGGCAACAAUGGAGUUGGAUUUCUCACCAAAUGCUAAGGCUAAAUUAAAUAACUUUUCUCAGUUAUUAGCAGAUUCAUUUGGAGAGGAUGAUAAAUUAUCAUCACCUUAUGCAGCAGAAAACCAGGAAUCACGAAAUAUGGCAGAUAAAUCACGCCCAUUACCUCCUGUUCCUCCUAAAUUUUUCUCACCUAGUAAUCCAAAUAUUCCUACAACACCUGCAGGUGUUUCUUUGGGGUCGCCAGUGAUUUUGAAUCGUGCAAAGGAUAAAAAUGCAGUUAAUAAUUCUUUAUUAAAUGGACAAUCUAUAACGACAUCCUCGUCUAGCAUGAAUAAGAGAAAUGAAGGUAAUAGCAUAAAUGGUAACGAUUCGUUGAGAGUUCCAUCCGCUACAGAUUCGGUAGAUUCAGAGAGAAAACCCUUACCAAAUACCGUAUCCUCAAACACUUCGCAGAAUCAGAAUUUGUUAAAAGUUGAAAAUAGUAAAAAUAGAGUUCGUACAAACAGCACAGGCACAGUGGCCUCUAGUACCAAUAGUGCACUUACAUCGGAUAUACCGUUGUUUGUGCAACCAAACGAUUUGCAUACGAUACAAAUGGAUAUAUUAAGUACAUUAUAUUUUGAUCCUAAAUCAAAUUCUGGAGAGAACUUAAUUUUAUUUGGUGUCAUAGAUAAAUCCUCUGGGAAAGAAAUGUUUAAAUUCUCAAAAUCCAUUCAAAAAAUAAGGGAAUUAGAUGUAUAUUUAAAAUCACAUGUGUCAUCAUUAUCUUUACCCAGUCUGCCUGAAAGGACUUUGUUUCAAACAACUGUACCAACAAGGGUAGAUUAUAGAAGAGAACAUCUUAAAAAUUAUUUCAAUAGUAUAGCUGCUAUUCCAGAGUUACCAGGUAAUGUGUCAUUAAAAAUCUCACAAUUUUUAAGUACGGAUACACUAAUGUCACCAUUCUUGUUAGAAGAUACACAAAAGGAGGGAUCUCUAUUGAUGAGACGUCCAAAGAAAGCACUUGGUGGGAAUGUAUCCUGGAGAGUAAGGUAUGGUAUAAUGAAUGGUGAAUAUUUGCAAUUAUUUGAAGGUAAUGAUAUGAUGGAAACUAUUAGAUUAAAACAGGCUUCCCUUGAAUUACUUCCAAACAUGCCAGAUGAUAAAUAUGGAACUAAGAAUGGAUUCUUAAUACUAGAACAAAAGAAAGUUGGUUUAUCUUCAUCAUCUAAAUACUACAUUUGUGCGGAAUCACCAAAAGAACGGGAAUCCUGGAUUGCAGCUCUUAGUGAGUUUAUUGACACUGCAAAGUUAUCAGUUUCAUCACCUACUGGGGACAGUAUUGGAACUUUCAGUACCACAACUAGUAAUUCCUUAAAUGACAGUACAGACCAGACAUAUGUUACUGAUUUAACCCAGCCAGAUAAUGGUGUAUCUUCCCAGAGUUCACAGGCCAACAAUGCUGAUAAUUUCCAAGCGACAUCAUAUGAUCAAUUUGCAAAUACAGGGCCAGAUGAUGAUAAGGACAAUAAGAGGAAUAAAAUGAGAAGUUUAUUCCCAUUUAAGAAGUUUAGUAAUAUGACUAAUAAUACACUACAUCCAACUGGUCAUAAUAUGGGUCAUCAAAAUACGAACAACAGUAGACCAGUAUCUACCAAUGAUGAAAGUGAUAAAUCAAUGACUAUGGAAAAUGACUAUAGUAUGAGAUCUGAUUCAAGUAUGGUAAGGACUUCGCCAAACUAUCGAACUAAACAAAUGUCUCAAGGUGCUGUAUUUGGUACUUCUGUGGAGACAUGUUUAAAAUUAAGCUCGCAUUCAUAUCAAGGAAUCUAUGAAAUUCCAAGUGUUGUCUAUAGAUGUUUGGAAUAUCUAUAUAAGAAUCGUGGUAUCCAAGAGGAAGGUAUUUUCAGAUUAAGUGGUUCAAGUACUAUGAUCAAGACUUUACAAGAAGAUUUUGAUAGAGAUUAUGAUAUUGAUCUUUGUAACUAUAAACAUUCCGAUGAUAAUCCAAGCAAUGUAAUUAGUGUGAAUACGAUAAGUGGAUUGCUAAAACUUUAUUUGAGAAAUCUACCACAUUUAAUUGUUGGUGAUGAACAAUUUUUAUUAUUUAAGAAAGCUGUUGAUGAUCAUCAUGAUGAUCCUUCUGCGAUUGCAAUUGAAUUUAGAAAAAUUAUACGUGAAAAACAAGUACCACAUGCAAAUAUUUCAUUAAUGUAUGCAUUAUUUGAAUUAUUGACUAGAAUUAAUGAGAAUAAUAAGAUUAAUAAAAUGAAUUUGAGAAAUUUAUGUAUUGUAUUUUCACAAACUUUGAAUAUUCCAAUUACAAUGUUACAACCAUUUAUUGAAGAUUUUAAUUGUAUCUUUAAGGAUGGAGAACCAAUUCGUAAUGAAAAUAGAGAAGAAUUAGAUAUUCACAUUCCUGGUGUUUAA